AUGAACAUUCUACGAUGCAUUCUUCAGAAGAUUAGAUACAUAGAACACAGAGUCCUAACUACCGGAAUCAGCAUUAUCAUAGAAUAUCAUAGAGAAUUAAGUGUGGCUAUCCAAGAGACUUUAUCAAUGAGAAAUAAAACUUUCAGCACUGAAGUAAAACGUCAAGCAAAUUAUCUCCUGAGCCUCAAAGGGAAAAUUCGAAGAAUCCAUACGAUACAUCAGGAAAUGAAAGGAUGA